UGUUUUAAUGUUUGUUUACAAGUGUAAAAUUGUUAAACCUUUAUUUAAUACAAAAGGUGUCAUAUGUCUUCCUGACCACUGGGGGUGUCAUAUGUCUUCCUGACCACUGGGGGUGUCAUAUGUCUUCCUGACCACUGGGGGCAGUACUGAGCUGACACUGGCAGUACAGAGGUGAAGGGAGCGAAACUCAAAACACAUUGCCUGUUUCUUAUUUAUUUUUAAUGGUUCUGGUUCUGGUUAUUUAUACGUUUGCUUUGUUUUAAAUGUGUUUACAUUUUAUAAAUAAAUCGAUCUAGUUACUUUGUGCGACACCGUCUUUCACACUGUGUCAACAGCUAGAGUGUUUGUUUGUAUUUAGCAUCUGUUGCUAAUGAGUGCUAGCCGGUUAGCCUCCACAAACCGCAGGAAUGUAGCUAAAGCGGGUCAAACCGAGAAGCUUCGAGCCUCCAGAACCAGCAGGGUGUUGGCUGAGCGGAACCAGGCGGUGGUGGCGGUGGGAGCCUGGGUGGAGGAUGGAGAGGACCACCUGGAUGACCCGUGUACGACACCUGACAGGAAAAUCUCACACGAUCGCGUCCUGACCCACCAGGUGUCCGUCGGUGACAGCUGGAUUUCUGGAGAAUCUGCUGCAGCUCAGAGGAGCAGCUCUCCAGAGUCGGGAGAAGCGAUGAGACAGGUACGACUCAGACUGGCCGCCUGUCGGCUGAUCCAGCAGGACGACACUUCGUCAGAUCUUCCUGGAGGCAGAUGGAAAGUCUCUCCUACCAGACAUAGACAUAAUUUUCACAUGCUGAGGCCAGGAGAAGAUGUUCUGGAAGAGGAAGAACAGGAAAAAACUGACGUUCCUUUCUUCUCUGGUCACCAUGAGUGUCCGCUUGUUCAGCAGAAGGUGGGAGGGCAGGCACUGUGGGAUCCAGAAACCUCCCCUCCUGAUGCUGGUUCCAGAGCCCCACAGUUUCUCUGGCCUCUGACCAACCAUGAAAAAGAGAAAAAGCAGCRUCAGUCUCAGUUCCUGCUGCGGCGCCGUCAGGCCAUGAACAGGGAGCGAGAGCAGGCGAAGCAAAACAAACAACUCAGGAAACACCUGAAGAGAACGGCCAGGAUGAAAGCGGAGAAAGAAAAGGUUCGUCUGGAGGAAGAGGCCCGGUUGGAACGGGCGCGGCAGCUGGCAGACAUCAAGCAGAAGCUGGAGGAGCGAGAGCUGCUGAUCCUGGAGCGACUGAAGCUCGAGGAGGAGGAGGAGCGAGAGAGGAAGGUGCAGCUGCAGAGGAGGAAGAGAGAGGAGAAGGAAAAGGACACUACGAGGCUGAUGGAUGKGCUGCUGGUGACUCUCUGCAGGUUCAUCGAGGUCCUCAGAGCUCAGAUUAAGCAGCGUCUCUGUCAGCUGAAGCUGGAGCUGCCUCCUCUCUGCUGCUGCGCCUCGUCCUUCUGGGACUCACACCCCGACACCUGCGCCAACAACUGUGUCUUCCACGACAACCCCAGAGAGUAUUUAAAGGCUCUGCGUUCAACACUGGUGAGUUUGGAUUUACAGYGAAGGAAGCUGAGGAGCUGCAGUCCAGAUUGUGUGAAAGAGCUUGUGUCUUUUUGUCUGUUUGUCUUAAACACAGCAUAAAAUGUCAAAAAUUCAAAGAAUCAAGCCUUAAGACCAGACUUAAUUUUGUGAUUUAAUAGUUGCAGGUGUUUCCAUCAUCAGCUUUUAAUAAACCUCAUCUGCUUAUUAACGACAUUACAUCUGCUAAAAACACAACUACCUACAACCUUACAAAACUUUAAAUAUAACUUUUAUGAUUAUAGACUUCAAAAAUGUGUUUUAUUUAUGUUUUUGUAAUUACGAAUUGCUGUAUUUAACAUCUUUUUAUAUUUGUAGUUAGUUUACAAAUAAAUAUUAGCUACUUGUGUCAAAUUAAAAAUGGGGUUUUUAGGAAAACUGUUUUGUGGGAAUUUGUCAGCUUCUGCUGUUCUGUUGACCUACUUCAAUGAUUUCUUUUAAAGAAUAAAAAAUAAAGACUACAAUAUCUAUGCGCA